AUGUCAUACAGCGCUGCAGAUAUGUAUUCUUCGGGUGGCGGCGGAGGGGCCAGCAGAUCAAGCAUGAGGCAAUCGCAAUAUGGCCAGCCAACUACGGCUGCAUCAGGAUAUGCUAGGCCGCAGUCGGGCGCCAUGGGAAGAGCUCACCAGGCGAAUAAUGCCAAUGCACAAGGCUGGGCGCAGCAGGACGAUUCAGACGAUGAUGAGAGCGACGGUGAGUUGGGAUCGAGGCCUAUGAUUGUUCAAUGCGGCGAGUUCUCCAUUCAGAAAGGGGACGCAACACCUGCGCCACGUCCUGUCCACGCCAUCUGUCAUUGCUCUGUGCAACAUGCAACCUUUUACCCACACAGAUGGCCUCUUCAGGCCGCACGAUGCAGGCAUAGUUGCUCAUUGCACACACCGCCUCCCCUUCGCACAGAUGACUGGAAUGUGUACGACGAUUUUAACAAUGCGGGUCCGCCCACCAAAGCGGCCCCUUCGAUGCUGCAGCGAUCGAACAGUGAUUUCGAUAAUUAUGGAGGAGCGACGCAGCCGUACAGGGACAUCGAGGCCGCGCCUGGCGCUCCCGACUUGCCGCCAGUUGAUAUCGCAGGUGUCCGCGGGGCGGGUGGCAACAGGCAAUCGCGCGUCCAGUCAACGCUUCUCGAUCCCAGCGCUUUCGGAUUUGAUCCACGCGUUUCGGAUCCUAAGCGCAUGUCCGUCAUGGCCGACAACCCCAUGCCUAGUCGUCCAUCGGGUUACGAUGCCUACGGACCGCUCUAUGAGUCGGAAGACACUGGCUCAAGAGCCAAGAUGCCAAGCACCCCUGGAGACAAGGCGGGCUCGGAGGGCAUCGAGCUCAUCACCGUGCCCGCUCUCGGCGCCGAAUAUACUGAUGAGGAACGCCGUCAAAUGCGCACCAGAGCCAAGAGAAAGAGCAAAGCGAAUGCGAAGAAGAGAAAGGUGCAGGAUGAGGCGGGCAAGUGGGCGAGGGGUGAGAAGAAGUACUUUGGAUGGCUUGGCCCUCGAGCUGCGGUGUUCCUCGGCUUCGCAUUUCUGGUGGUGUGAGUGUAGCCUCAUGAAAGUGCAAAACGCACACAAAGCUAAUCCCUGGUGUGUGGUCCACCUCCAGACUCGGCGUCACGCUCUAUUUCGUGAUACCAAGGGUGCCAACCUUCGGUCUGCGCACCUUGGAGCCAGUCACGGCGGUGCCAGAUGCUGGAGGCAUGUCCACCGGUGGACCGCCUGCUAACUUCAGCAUGACAAUGAACCUCAAUCUGCAGGCCAACAAUCGCGGAGGCUGGGUGACUAGUCAAGCUAGCGAUUUAGAAGUGAUCGUGACCGAUCUGAUGACUCACGAGAAAGUAGGACAGGGCAAGAUGGCCAGUCUCGGCUUCAAAGGCAGAGACAAGACGCAAUUCGCUUUCCCGGUACAAUUCUCUUACAGCAGUCUGAACGCUACUGGAGACGCGACGUACCACAAUUGGCAGGAUGCCUGUGGGCCAAAGUGUGAGUUUUGGCAUUGCAAGCCGGCGCUGCAGUCACAGACAAAGUUUCUGAUUCAAGACAGUGUGCACGCCUCGGCAUCACUCCAGAUGGUGGAGCGAAACGCCCCACGCUCAAUAUUGCCCUCACUCUUACGAUGAACAUCGCUGGCUUGAUUGGUCGUAAGGGAUCCAGUACGCAGCUCAAUUCGGUCGUCUGUCCCUUCGAGCUGACCAAUACGUGAGUGUUGGCCAAGCAGGGUAUAGCGUAUAUAGCGCGCUCAAGCAUCUUCUGACAGGCACAUUUUAAACCUCCCUCAUUCCCAAAGUCAAAUUCAUUGA